AUGUUUCUCCUGUCAUUAUUGACUGCUCUGGCCUUUUUAAAUGUUCGACCCUGCAGUUGCCGUAAGUUACAACAUUCCUUAGUAGGUUUACCUGUUUUAAGAGGGACGUCUUCUAGCUGUCCAGGAAAAAACCACCAUCGACUAUCUUCUCGAGGUUGAAUCCUCCUAUACGGUAGGCAAACUUGUGACUAGUAAUUAAGUUAAAGCCCCCUGAAAUUAGAAGUACUCACAUAACUUCGUUCAUUUAGUUUGGUUCUUCGAAGUCGGGAUUUGUGCAGGGAACAGAACAGCGUCCAUGUCAACCUCCGACUAAUUGUGUAGAGUUUUAUCCAGGUGAGUUGCUGAACCUGUUUAAGUGCAGCCCGUUCAUGUCCAGUAUUUGAAUGUCGGCGGCACAUAUAUGUACACUACUGGUGCCAUAUAAGUCAGCGUUGACAGGAUCUACCACCAUAUAUAUAUAUAUAUAGACAGUGAUAGACCUAAGCCUUAAGUUGAUUGCUAGUUAGACCACUUACAACUAAAAUAAAAAUAAUGAUGUGCUCGCUGACCAUAAAAAUUAACCACAAUGUUCAUUGGCUAUCAGUUUUUCAUGUAACAAAGUUGCGACUUAAUAAGACCGAAUAAAUUUGUUUUUGAAACCCACAACCAACGUCUUUAAAUUGACUUUUCUAUUAAAGAAAAGAGGAGUUUUAUGAUCCAGGCCGGCAGACACGCAAACUACUCUGCAAUAAUUCUCACGCCCGAAGCAUCUGACCAAGCUCAAAUCGCAAUCGUCAUAGUGAAUGAGGGAGAAUUUUUUCCAGGUAUGUUUUAAAUAAUCUUUUGUCAACAUAAACCCCAAAAUUACGAAAGGUAAUUUAACAAACAAUUUCGUAAUUAACUUUGUAGAUCUUCAUGACGUUCAGUUCAUAAAGCCCGUCAUCCACGAGGACUUCCAUGACAAUUCAUUUGCCGUGAUCUUGGAUGAAAACGUAAAGGUAGUAAAAGAACAAAUGCAGUUCUUGUUCAUUCAACUGACGUUAAAAUAUAUGUUUUGACGAAAUCAAUAUAUAAUUUUAAUUUUUCACUUUCACGCAAAAUUUUCCAUAAACAAAUUUUGUUGCUUUAAGAAUUUCAGGCUUUUGGGAAACAUUAGCAAAUAUGGGUCGGAUUCAUCUGGUGCAGGCCUGGAAAUAAUUAUUCCAAAUGGUAAGUUACUUUCCACUUAAAGUGGCCCAAGAAGCGCCAACAAUAUUUGCCUCCCGUUUACAUUUUUAAAACGAGUCAACGGUAAACAGUACAAAAUCAUGCGAGUGACGGGGCGUGUGACGAAGGAGUAUUUAUCAUUCACCCUGACGGACAAUGCUGGAAACUCAGCUACUUACGGUUUUAUGCCGAGCAACAAUGCACCCAUUUUGAUGCUUCCAACUCAUUAUCUUCAGUGGCCGAAGAAAUAG